AUGGGCAAAGGCACAGACAAGCUCUACAUAACCCACUCCGAAUGGGCCUCCGAAGACGCCUACUCCGCCUCCCACGGCUCCGGCGUCUCCAAGUCCAGAGUAGUAGGCGCGAGUUUCAAGCGCCUACCAUUCAACUUCUGCUCGCUCUCCCUCCAGCCCUUCGAGCACCCUGUCUGCACCGCCAAUGGCACCAUCUUCGACCUUACCAACAUCCUCCCAUGGCUCAAGAAGCACGGCACCAAUCCUGUCGACGGCUCACCGCUCAAGAGCUCAGAGCUCAUCAAGCUAAACUUCGCCAAGAAUGAUGAUGGCGAGUACGUUGAUCCAGUCACCUACAAGGUCUUCACCGACAAUACGCACAUUGUUGCGCUGCGGAACAGCGGGAAUGUCUUCGCGUGGGAUACUAUCGAGCGGCUGAACAUCAAGGCUAAGAACUGGAGGGAUCUUGUCAGCGAUGUAGAGUUUACCAGGAAGGACAUCGUCACACUUCAAGACCCCCAGAAUGUGGAAGCGCGAGACUUGAGCUCUUUCAAGUAUCUCAAGGAGGGCAUCAGCACAUUAACGGAGGAGCAAGAGCAGGAGCGCAACGACCCCACGAACAACGUCAACACUGCUGCGCUUGGGAGUGCGGCGAAGGUCUUGAAGGCAAAGGAAGCAGUAGCACGAGCACGAGCCGAGCGCGCAAAAGCGAACGACCCAAACCGAACUUCCGGAGCCGCCAGCAAAGCUCUCACAGCAUCCAAAAACGGCUCCGGAAUCACCAGCACCCUCCACCCCACCAAGUCCAUCCCCUACAACGCCGCUCAGUACACGACCGGCAAAGCCGCGGCCUCCUUCACCAGCACGGGCGUAACCCCCCACACAUCCGGCGAGCGCGCCCUCCUGACCGACGAAGAAUACAUGCUCAAACCCCGCCGGAUCAAACAAAAGGGCUAUGCACGCAUGCAAACGAAUCUCGGCUCUCUGAACCUCGAGCUCCUACCCGAAUACUCCCCCCGCGCGGUCUGGAACUUCGUCUCGCUGGCCAAGAAGGGCUACUACCGUAACUUACCUUUCCACCGCAACAUCCGCAACUUCAUGCUGCAGGGCGGGGACCCCAGCGGCACGGGCCGCGGCGGCCAAAGCAUCUGGGGAAAGCCGUUCGCGGACGAGUUUGAUGGCCCGCUCAGCCAUGAUGCGCGCGGUGUGCUGAGUAUGGCGAACAAAGGCAAGAACACCAACACGAGUCAGUUCUUCAUCACCUACCGCCCGGCGAAGCAUCUGGAUCGGAAACACACGAUUUUCGGCAAGGUGGUGGGCGGGUUGGAGGUGUUGGACAAGCUGGAGAAUCUAAAGACGGAUGACAAGGAUAGGCCCGUCGAGGAGUGUGUACUGGAGGAUGUGGUGGUGUUUGUGGAUCCGUUUGAGGAGUUUUUGAAACAGAGGACGGAGAAUGAGGCGAAGGAGAGGGAGAAGGAAGAGGUGCUGAGGCAGGGUGGGACGGAGGAUGAUAGGACGACGUGGACGGGGAAGAGGGUUAGGGGAGAUGGGACUGUGGAUCAGGGCUCGGGUGGCGGGGGUGUGGGGAAGUAUCUAAAGGCUGCCGCCGUGGAGCACGCUCAAGCAGGAGAAGACGAGAUUGUGGGCGAAUGGGACGAGCCUGCUGUGCAGGAGCCUGCUAAGAAGAAGGUAAAGGCCGGCGGCUUUGGGAACUUCGACAGCUGGUAG